AUGAUGAUAAUUUUAUUCAGAAAUAUUUUAAGACGCUCUUUUAGUAGUUUAAAGAAUGAAUUACAAAAAUUUGAAACUUUAUCAAAAAAUUUUGUAAAUAGUAUUGAAAAAUAUAAACAAGAAAAGGACAUUUCAAUAACAUCUUAUGUAAAUUAUAAAAAGGAGAUAAAAGAAUGUAUUGGAUUUUUAUUUAAUAAUAAUUUAGAUUCUUUGGAAGAAAAGGAUUUUAAGACAAUAUUUACGUAUAGCAUAUUAUUAUCAAGAAGGGUAUUAAUUCAUAAAGAUCUUACAAAAAAUGUAUUAUUAAGAUAUAUAACAAUUAAAAAAGAAAAUAAAGAAAAAUGUAUAGAUGAUAACCAAAGAUAUACACAAAAAGAUGAAAUAAAAGAAUUAUUAUUAAUGCUAAAAUUUCUUUUUUAUCUAAACAUAGACUUCGAUAAAGUAAUAUAUAAUUAUUUAUAUUCGGAAUUAAACAAUGAAAUAGAAUUUUAUACAUUAGAGGAAUUAGUAGAAACAAUAAAAAUAAUAUCAUCUUUUAAAAAUAAAAAAUGGGUUAAUUAUAAAGUAUUUUCUAGAUGCAUAAAUGAAGUUAUUAAAAGAAAUCAAGAAGAAAAAAAUGAUAUUUAUAAAUUUUUAAUAACUAUUAUAAAGUCAUGUUCACGCCUUAAUUAUGAAAUAUAUGAUAUACAAGAUUUAUUAGAAUCAUUUAGACAAAAUUAUGAUAAAAACAUAAAGGGUAACAUGCAUAUAUUAAUAAAAGUUUUAUAUAAUUUAUUUUUAUGUAAUUAUCAUAAUUAUAAAAAUACGAACCAAUUAAUAAAUAUAUUAAAAGAAGAAAUUAUGCAAGUAAAAAAAGAAGAAGAUUAUCCUUUAUAUAACAAAUAUUUAUAUAAUAGUAAUGUUAUCCUUGAUAAUAAUUUAGAUUUUAAUACUGGCAUAUCAAAAAAUGAAUUUGAUGUUAAUAUCUGUAAUGAUAAUAUAAACAAUAUUCAUGAAAUGUAUUUUAAAACGAAAGAACGAUCUAAAGACAUUUUAUCAAAUAGUGCUAUUACAUCAAUCAAUUUGUAUAGACUAAAAUUUAUAGAUCUUGUUAUACGUUCAGAUAAUUAUCUUUACAAUUGUUUUUAUUCCCCAAAUUCUCAUUUUUUUGAUUUCAUUAAACAAUUAAACUUAGAAAGUAAAAAUACAAAAGAAACCAUUUUUAGUAAACAAGUUAAAUUUUUUAUAAGAGAAAAUGGGUUUAGAAUAGAAUAUAAAUAUGUGAAUAUAUAUCCAAUAGUUUUUUUGUCAGAUUUUAAAAAUACUUAUGUAGAAUUUGUACAUAAUAUUUGCAUUAAUAAAAAAAUGAAAGAUAGUCCAAAUAUAUUUCAUAAAAAUUAUUUAAAUUAUAAAAUUAAGCAUUUGAAAUUUCUAGGAUGGGAUGCAAUAACAUUAUAUGAAUAUGAAUGGAAAAAACUAAGAAGUUAUAAUGAAAAAUUUGAAUAUAUAAAAAAGGCAUUUAAAAGUAUUAAAAGCUCUUCACAAUGA